AGCUAUUGAAGGCUUCAGCUCGAGGCCGUCGGUGCCAUGGCCGUGGCGGUGCGCCGCCGCGUGCCGAACGACCACAGCUGUCUCUUUUGGGCAAUUGCAUACCUGACAGAAGGCGAGGUGGGUCGCGCCAAGGCGAAGGAGCUUCGUGAGGUGUGUGCGCAGGAUGCACUCCGGGACUCAGACCCCAGCCGAGCGCUGCUGCUGGGUUUCAACAGCGUGGAGGAGUACGCCAACUGGAUCCGAAAUGAAUUUCACUGGGGCGGCGAGAACGAGAUUCUUUGUCUAGCCAGGCAUUAUGGUGUGGAAGCAGCGGUGGUUUGCUGCGAGUCCAUGCAAGUCCUUUGCUACGGCUCCGACCUGCCCACCUGCAGCGCAAGGAUAUACCUCCUGUACACUGGGCAGCACUAUGACCCCAUCGUGGCGGCUGCAAAUGCGGAAACGCCAGUGGAGCACGAGCAAAAGAGACAAAAGAAAGGCGACAGCAGUUUGGAAUCUGGCGCCUUACUCCUCGCCAAGCAGCACGUAGAGGAAGCAGCCAAGAAGGCGAAGCAACGCCGCGCGAAGAAGAUCAAAUGUGGCGGCUGUGGAGCGCUGCUGAGCGACGCAGAGGCCUUUGCUAGUCACUGCGGGGAGGUGGAGCACGGGGACGACUUUGCCUACGACUGCGAGGAGGUGGAAGUUGUCAUAGAGGAAGGCGAUGACCUGCCAGAUGGGACUGUGGAUUUGAAUGCAGAUCACAUCUACAGCUUCACCAACACUGGCAAGGAUCCUCUUUGUCACGCUUUCCCUGCAAGCUUCACGGUAGCGGGAAUCAGUUUCCCCAGCAUGGAGCACUACUGGCAGGCCGCACCCUUCAUGGGCCAGGAUGAUACACUGGCUCAGCGCAUCGCAGCAGCCCCGUCGGUUGAUGAGGCCAUGAUCGUGGCCGGGGGCGCCGGGCCGCAUGCCCAGCGCGGGGACUGGCGGGAAAAGCGCGGGGAGCUACUGUGGCAAGGCCUGCAAGCCAAGGCAGCUGCCAGCAGCACCUUCGUGCAAGCACUGCGAGCAACUGGCAGCAAGACUCUGGUAUAUUUGGAUCCGGACCCCUGGGCUGGCAUGACGGCACCAGGUGGCCUGGCUACAGGCCAGAACUCCGUGGGCAAGGCACUGAUGGAGAUCCGCGCCCAGCUGCCAUAAGGAGAUUUGGCUAUGAGAGUUGGUCGACCGCCAAUGGCUGAUCUCGAGGAAACGGACUCGAGUCAGCCUAGGAAUCAGAAACUGUCGCGGAAUCCGCAGAAAGAGAUGCGGGUCCUAGCUCGC